AUGCACAUCUAUCGGCGUCAGGCUCGCGAGCUGGCAUGGUACGACGAGGAUGGCGAGCAGCCGUCGCAUAACCCGUUCAAAAAGAUCCGUGCUCGCCGCCGUCGUCGCAACCGUCCGCAACGCUCGGAUUCCAUCCCGCUCCAGGAACAGACUCGUGAACUGGAUCUGGGCGAUUCUAGCGCAUUCCCGCCGCCGUCUGCUGGCAGUGGGAUCCCUCCUUCGGAAUCGAUGCGCAGCCAGGCACCUAUCAACAAUACCUCGCGUUCUCUGAACGGCGAAUCUGACUCUCAGCCGCGUAAGCGCGGAGGAUUCCUGGGCAAAUUUGGGCACCAUGAUAAGACGGAUGAUGCCUCCUCUGAGGUGGAUAAGCCUGAGCCUCAGAAGUUUACUAUUGGCAGUCAGCUGAAGGCGACUAUCUUUAACUCCUGGAUCAAUGUUCUGUUCAUCGCGGCGCCUGUUGGGAUUGCACUGCAUUUCGUCGAUGUCAACCCCAUCGCUGUCUUCGUGGUAAACUUUGUUGCAAUCAUCCCCCUCGCAGCCAUGCUCAGUUAUGCGACAGAAGAGAUUGCUAUGCGAACCGGUGAAACGAUCGGUGGUCUCCUGAACGCCUCAUUUGGCAACGCCGUCGAACUGAUCGUCGCCAUCAUCGCCCUGGUCCACAAGCAAGUCCUCAUCGUCCAGACCUCUCUCAUCGGCAGCAUGCUUUCCAACCUGCUGCUGGUCAUGGGCAUGUGUUUCUUCUUUGGUGGUGUCAACCGCCUGGAACAGCACUUCAACCCCAUCGUCGCGCAGACGGCCGCCAGUCUGCUGUCUCUGGCGGUAGGCAGUCUGAUUAUCCCGACUGCCUUCCACUGGUCCGCCAACUCCGCCAAGAACGAAGUCACUCCUCUCUCGCGAGGCACCGCCAUCCUCCUCCUAGUCGUCUACGGCUGCUACCUCUUCUUCCAGCUCAAGUCCCACACAGAGAUCUACAACAGCCCCAGUCCCAAGGUUGAGAAGCGCGGGAAACGCGUCAGCGAGGGCGACGCCAGUCGCGGCAUUGCACAGAUGGGCAAGAUGGGCGCCACCAUGGGCGGCCAGGAAGCGCAGAACAUGACACUGCAGGAUCCCGACGCGGAGAAGGAGGAGCCGCAGCUUAGUGUGUUGACGGCCAUUCUAACGCUGUGCAUUUCCACUGCCUUUGUGGGCGUGUGCGCGGAGUUCAUGGUCGGUUCGAUUGACGCUUUGACUAAAACAACUAUCAUUAAAGAAACCUUCGUCGGAUUGAUUCUGUUGCCUAUUGUCGGCAAUGCCGCUGAGCAUGCCACCGCCGUGACGGUUGCUUGCAAGGACAAGAUGGAUCUCGCGAUCGGCGUGGCAGUUGGAUCGAGCAUGCAGAUUGCGCUGCUGGUUCUGCCUUUGAUUGUUGUUCUCGGCUGGAUUCUUGGUAUUGAUGCAAUGACUCUCCAAUUCGAUGCGUUCCAGGUGAUCCUGCUGUUCGUGUCUGUUCUUCUAGUCAACUACCUCAUUUCUGAUGGCAAGUCGCAUUGGCUGGAGGGUGUCCUGUUGAUGACCAUGUAUCUGAUCAUCGCUGUUGCUGCCUGGUUCUACGAGUAA